AUGGCGCCAAUUCACAAACUGAACCCGACGUUCGACCUUCCCUUCCGUCAACCUCCUUCAGUCCACCUUCACUAUUCACCCACCAACAACUUUGGUCUGUUAGUGUUUGCCUUGACGGAUGCGCAAAGCAUGGGUAUCACACCUCCUCCUCCCCCUCCCCCUCCCCCUCCCCCUCGAGUGCAAGGCAAAGACGCAGGCGCACCUGCACUUGCUCAGUUAUGCCUUCUUUUUCUUCUUCUUCUUCUCCUCCUCCUCGUUCCUACAAUGCACAAGAAAGCACACACCGAUCCCUUCAAACUGACCCUUUUCAAAGCCAAACGACAUGCGAUUACGGGAUCGGAUCGCCUCAUUGCUCUGCAACGCGUGAAAUGCACCGGCUCCUCAGUUUGCCCUCGACAUUCGAGCAUCAUUAACUCUGAAUUGUUUGUGUAUGCCAAAGUCACAAGCUUGAGAGCAUUCGAGGAGGAGGAGGAGGAGGAGGAGGAAGGUUCUCCAUUCCACUGGCCUAUGCAGCAGCAUCCGAUAUCUCUUUUCACCCCUAAGUCACGUGCAGAGAUUCACUCUAACAGACGUAAUCAGCUAGUGACGGUAGAACGAAAGCGUGAUUUCCUCUCCACCUUCCCCAUAUUCGAUAGCCUAAGCGGUGGUGCAACAGAGAAAUCGUUGCUUUGGCGCUUUAUUCUAUUCAGAAAGGGUGCUUCCCAGUUGCAGCCUUCUAUCCGCCCUCUUUUGGAGCGACAGGUCACCGAACAAGCUAACCAGCUUCUUCGUAAUCGGCCUGCACUCUCCUCUUGUGCUGCUGCUGAUUGGUUACUUGAUGCGUUCCACUUGGAAAAGAAUGCUCCUGGAUGA